CCUUGAAGUAACUAGACGUUACCCUUUAGCUUGAAGUUAAUGGAGUGAGAGAAACCGGUAAAUGAGCGUAUUUGAUUUAUUUCGCGGAUUUUUCGGGGUGCCUGGAGGUCGCUAUCGUGAGGAUGACCGAAGGGACCCCUUCUUUGAUGCCAUGACCCGUGAUGACGAUGAUGAUGACGAUGAUGAAGAUUUCGGCUACAGUGGUUACGAGGGAGGUCACCACGACCCAUUCGACAAGGCCCUGAGGUUCGGGUUCAGUUUUGGUCCCAAUGGAAUGCGGAUCCAGGAGCCCCAGCUCUUUGGACAGGUCUUAAGGGAAAUGGAGGAGCUGUUCGCUGGACUGGGCAGCUGGGACCGGAUGCCAGGGAUCGGCCAAUUUGGCAUCCCCAGUAUCGAGGCCCCUCCUUCACAAGAUAACGCUGAGCCAGGCGUGGGGGGCGCAGGUGGCAGGUCCCUCAGAGACUUCAUGCUGAAGUCUCCGGACAGCUCCCCGCCUGUUGCGCCGGGAGCUCCAGGUGACAGCAGGACCGCCCCCUUCAGAUCACCGUUCGACCACUGGAGCCCCUUCUCUAAGUUCAAUGACAUAUGGAGAGGAGGAUUAAAGAGGAGAGAGGAAGAAGACACUGUGUGGGAGGACAGAGACUUAGACUCACGGGUCUCCUCAGAAGGUCUGGACCAGAUUCUGACGCCUGCACCCACCCAGCCAAAGACGAGAUCUUUCUUCCAGUCGGUCACAGUCACCAAAGUGGUGGCACCGGAUGGGACAGUGGAGGAGAGGCGGACAGUGAGGGACAGCCAGGGCAACGAGGAGACGACAGUGACACGUACAGGCCCUGGGGACAGCAGAGGACCACAGGACCUGCUUGGGCCUAUUCCACCCAGUCUCGCCUCCCCCUCUACAGACCAGCGGGAUGAAGGCUGCAUCUUUGCCAAGUUUUUUGGGGGGUUCAGGGGCUGAGAACAGGCAAGGAAGGAGGAGGACUGUGUUCAGUCCUGAGCCCUGCUUUAAACUAUUC